AUGCCGCCGCGGGCACAGGGUCGGAGGCAACCGUAUGAUGUAGAAGCUCUACGCGCAAUAAGAGCACAGCAAGGGAGCUCUUACCCUCGUCCGGAUAGAUUGCAAGUGAGGGGGAGCUCAGAGGAGGACGACGAGGCCGAGGAGGGUGAAGAAGAAGAGAGCGGCGAUGGCAUUGCAGAGGACGGCGACGAGGAAGACGGCUUGCCACGAACAAACUCUGGACGCAGAGUCAGAAGAGUUGUCGUAGAUGACGAAGCCUCGGAAGACGAAGAGGAAUCUAGCGAGGAAGAAGAGAGGCGCCGGCAAGAAGAGGAAGACGAUGACGAGGAUGACGACGACGAAGAUGACGAGGAUGAAGAAAGCGCGCUGCAGGAAGAUCAAGACGACGAUGACGACGACUAUGAUGGGACCAGCGGUAGAGCAGGUCGUAAAAGAAAGGCACCUGCUCGGAGUAAGAAGGUUUGGCGGCGCCUGACGGUCGAGGAGCGUGAGGCCGUCACAAUGGAAGGGGGCAUCGUCUGGGAAGAAGCAAACUCCAUUUUUGCGAGUCUCAACAAGCGCCAGCGCAUGGUAGCGCAAGAAAUGCUCUCUGAUGUCCUCACCUACGUCGAUCGGGAGCUGGAGCGUGUCGUGAUACCGCCCACGAUCCGCAUGCCCCAUGCUUCGACGGGUGGCGCCGCCGCAAUGGGCCUGGCGUCGACGAGCGCUGUCGGGUCCUCGCUGGGCAGCAUGAUGAGCUGGCGUGCCGAGCGAGGCGGCAUCCUGCGAGCCGAUCAAGGUGACGACCCAUCGGCAGCCAGGCCUGAUCAGAACGGCUUCAUGGCAGACAUUAGAACGCUGGAGAAUCUGCUGCGACCGGAGGCAGCCGAGAUCUUGUCGAUGGAGCAAGGCCUCCUCGAGCAGCAAGCCGAGCUCGAUCGAUACAAGUCGAUCCUUUCCUCAUUGCAAAAGGAUCGCCAGGAGCGCCGGCGCAGAGGGGUUGCAGACACAAGAGAGACAAGGAGAAAGUUGCGAGCUCGCAUCGAAGAGCUAUCCAGACCCUCUGAGAGUGAGGCGAGCACACAGGCCACCCCUCUGCCCAUCACAGUCGAUGCAGCGCUGCGCGAGUCAGCGGCAGCCUCGAUUAAGGCCGCCCGUUGA